AUGAUUGGUAUGGAGGAGGGGGUAAAUACAAUUUUGGAGGAUGGACGGGACGAACGAUCAAUCGUUACGGUUGGCCCGAUAGUUCCGGAAGAUGGAACCGGUAUGACGAUUUCGAUCGUCGCGGAUGGAGGUCCAGAACAUUGGAGCGGGAAGCCCAGAAGUGGUAACAAUUUUGAUAAUACAGGUAUCGGAAGCAGACAUGACGGUUGGGAUUCUAUCCGUGGAGGAGGUCCAGACCAUUUUGGUAAUAUAGGUGCCGGAGGGGGAAUAGGUGGAGGAGCUGUAACGGGAGAGACAGGUGUGGGUCACGGGUUGCGAAUUGCGGAUCGUGUUCUGACAACAGUGCUUGGCUGA